AAUUUUUGUUCAAGCUCUAGGGCUCCUCGCCCUCUCGCGAUGGUGCCGCUCGGGAGCGCGCGAUUGCUGAGGUGUAUUUGGAUUUCCAAUAGCCCGGGUCGCCAUUCGGUUCUCUCAGCUGCUGCCGCGCGCAGGGGCAUUGGCGCCGGAAUCAGACGGUCCUCUUCGAUUUCCAUGGCAAUGCCGUCUCCAAGAGGAAAUCUCACAGCAUUGUGUUCGGGAUCCAAGAAUCCGGGUCCCGGGAUCACGGCAGAGCCUUCGUCCGUCAGGAAUGCGAGGAAGAAUGUGAAGGACAAGGAAUUUGUUCCUGAUAAGAAGCUGGCGGAUUUGAGGAAAUUGAUGAGCGAAUCGGGUGUCCAAGCUUACAUCGUGCCAUCGGAGGACGCUCACCAGAGUGAAUUUAUAGCCGAGUGCUUCACGCGACGAGCUUACGUUUCAGGAUUCACGGGAAGCGCAGGAACUGCUGUGAUCACCUUGGAGAAGGCUGCGCUUUGGACGGAUGGUCGAUACUAUCUUCAGGCUGAGAACCAACUUGGACCUGAAUGGACGCUCAUGAGAGGUGGCUCUGUUGGCGUGCCUUCAUACAGUGAGUGGCUCAGGGACAAUCUCUCUGCUGGUUCGGCUGUAGGCAUUGAUCCAUUUCUUGUCACCCACGAAGGUGCGGAGGAGCUCAGGCGAACCUUGUCAGCCAAAGAGAUUCAACUCACUUUUGUCGAUCGCAACUUGAUUGAUAAGAUUUGGCUCGAUGGGAGACCUUGUCCGCCCAAGUCUCCUCUGAGGGUGCACGAUUUGAUUUACGCUGGCGUUGAUGUCGCAGCGAAGCUCUCGGAUGCGAGAAAGAAACUUUCCGCAGCUGGUGCUACUGGCAUCGUGAUAACCAUGCUCGAUGAAGUUGCAUGGCUGUUUAAUCUUCGUGGUGGCGAUGUCCCUCAUUCUCCAGUGGCUUAUGCUUACGCGCUUGUUGAGAUGGAUAAGGCAACUCUUUUCACUGAUUUGUCAAAGGUGACGCCAGACGUUGAGAUGCAUCUGGAAAACUCUUCUGUGACCGUCAAAGAGUACUCCGCGCUCCUAUCAACUAUUCAAAGAUUAGCUGAGUCGGGCUCAAAAUUGUGGCUAGAUCCAACCAAAACCAACAUGGCCAUUGUGAAUGCAUUUUCGGAUGGAUGUACGGGCUUUUAUGCCAAAGCGGAUGUCGACGGGAAAAAUGGAACAUCAGAUGGACCGGCUGCAUUACACAGACCAUCGCCGCUAUCUGUGCCGAAGGCCAUAAAAAAUGCUGCUGAGAUGUCAGGGAUGAAACAAGCACACUUGAGAGAUGCUGCAGCACUGGUUGAGUUUUGGGCUUGGCUCGAAGUACAAAUCGUUACUGAGAAAGCCAAGCUUACGGAGGUGGAAGUUGGCGAUGAACUUCUCCGCUUUCGUUCCAAACAAGAAGGAUUUCUAGAAACUAGCUUUGACACGAUUUGCGGAUCGGGUGCAAACGGAGCCAUUGUUCACUAUAGGGCGGAAAGUGAUACGUGUGCUUUAGUGGAUGAUGAACACAUGCUCUUGCUUGACAGUGGCGCGCAAUAUACAGAUGGAACAACAGAUAUAACCAGGACUGUUCAUUUUGGGGUGCCUACUGAUUACCAGAAAGAGUGUUUUACGCGAGUUUUACAGGGGCACAUAUCGAUUGAUCAAGCAGUUUUCCCAGAGAAUACUCCAGGCUUCGUACUCGACGUUCUGGCUCGUUCGUCCUUGUGGAGAAUUGGACUUGACUAUCGUCACGGAACUGGCCAUGGAGUUGGCGCUGCUCUCAAUGUCCAUGAAGGUCCUCAAAGCAUCAGUUUUCGGUUCGGAAACAUGACUGCCUUGCAACCGGGAAUGAUAAUCAGCAACGAGCCUGGUUACUACGAAGAUCACAAGUUUGGAAUUCGAAUAGAGAAUUUACUUCAUGUUUGCGAGGUGGAGACACCAAACCGCUUUGGGGGAGUUUCCUAUCUGGGAUUUGAAUGCCUGUCAUUCGUUCCAAUCCAGACAAAACUCAUAGCCCUUCAUCUCUUGUCCGACGAGGAUAUCUCUUGGGUGAACAAGUAUCACGCUGCAGUCUGGGACAAGGUGUCUCCGCUUGUGAAUGAGAGCGCUCGCGAGUGGCUAAAGCGAAAUACUCUUCCUAUCAAAAGAGCGUGAAAGGUAAGCAAUGUGAAUCCUAUUGUCUCAUGGUAAACAGUAUGUGAAUCCUAUUGUCUCAUGGUGAACGGUAACUAUUGUCACUCAAUGUGAAUCCUAUUAUGGAGAUCACACAA